AUGGAAAAAUUAUCUUUGGAUGAAGUUGGAUGGUUUUUUGUUCAAGAAUAUUAUACAUUUUUGAAUAGGGAGCCUGGGAGAUUGCAUUGUUUUUAUACUAAAAGAAGCACACUUAUUCAUGGAAAUGAGGGUGAAAAUGUUAACCCAUGUUCUGGACAGCAGGAAAUUCAUAAAAAGAUUAUUGAGCUUGGAUUUUCUGACUGUAAAGUUCUUGUUUCUAAUGUUGAUUCUCAAGCAUCUACUAAUGGCGGAAUUGUGAUUCAAGUUCUAGGAGAGAUGAGCAAUUGUGAUGGGCCUAGUCGUCGUUUUGCUCAAACGUUUUUUUUAGCUGAACAACCUAAUGGAUAUUUUGUUCUUAAUGAUAUUUUUCGAUAUCUUAAAGAAGACAUGGAAGAUGGAGAAUUAUGUAAUGGUGAAUGUCAUUCUCACACUGCCGAUCUUAAGGAUGAUGGAUUGUCGUCUUGUAUUGAAAUUAAUGAUAAUACUCAAUUUGUAUCAGAACAAAAAUAUAUUACGACUACUACUUCUAUACUUUCAUGUGAUAAUAAUGCCAAUACUCAAUCUACUCGGCUUAGUACUAUUACUGAUUCACUUCAAGAUUCUACUUCUAUCCCUCCCACUUCUGUAGCUAAUACUCAUCAUGAAGUUGAUUAUGAGAAACUGCCUUUAGCUUCUUCACUUGAAAAAAUAUCUUUAACUGAGCAUAUACCCGACUCUACAGAGAAUAUUGGCUUUGAUAAUCCGCAGCUUUGUCCUACUAUAUUUCAACCAUCAGUAUCAGUGUCAUCGGCACCUAAAACAUGGGCUAAUCUUUUUGAUAAAACUUCCCCUCAGUUAAACAAAACAGUUUCCUCUGUAGUUAAACCAACUGCUAUUCAUGUGCAGGCACCUUUAGUUUCUGAGCGUACUCUUAUGAGUUCUGCUUCAGUUUUUGUAAAGAAUAUUAAAGAUGGGAUCUCUGAGGCUGAUUUGAAACAUGUUUUUUCUAAAUUUGGUUCUAUUCAUCAUAUUGAUAUUAAAAAAGAAAAGAGCUGUGCUCUUGUUUAUUUUGAAACAUCUGCAUCUGCUAUUUCUGCAAUUGCUGCUGGUUCUGUAAAGAUUGCGCAGGAUACACUUUUGAUUGAAGAAAGAAAGAAUAAUCGCGAUAGAAAUAGGAAUAGUAAUGGUGAACGCCGUGUCGGUGGACGAGAAUAUACAAAAUAUGGGGAUGAAAAAAGAACUAAUACUGAUAAACGUGGAUAUAUGAAUAAAAAUAGAGCUUAUGAUAAAAAAUGA